UGUCUAUAAUGUACUUAUAAAAAGGAAGUUAAAACCGAAUUCAGAUACAUUCGACACGAUUAGUUGCUCAAUUAAACAAUCGUUCUAAAAAUGUUACGUUUUAGUUUGAGUUUAUUGGCUUUAAGUUGCCUUUCAUUGACUUCCAGUUCACCUUUAAAUCUCAAACCUAUUUAUACUAAAUUGGAUGGCAGCCAUAUUGUUGGAAAUAAUACACAAGUUAAAUUCGUCCGAUACGAGUUAAAUGAGUUAAAUGAUGGAUUGAAUAACCGAAUUAUUAAUGGAAAUGAUGCGCCAAACACACCAUGGGUUGGUCGAAUGAUUACAGAGCGUGGAAAUGGUUACGUUGUGAGUAACUGUGGAGCAAGUUUGAUCGCACCCCAUUGGGCUUUAACUGCCCAUCAUUGUCUUUUUGAUGAAAACAAUAAUGUACUCAGUAAUUAUUUCUGGGUUAGUCUCGGUAAUGUAGAAUGGGUUUAUGGUCAAUAUGUUGGUGUAAAUGAGAUCGUUCAUUUUGGUACAAAUGACCAUGAUAUUGCACUUCUACGAUUAGAACGGGAUGUUUACGAUAUUGGACCUAUUCCUGUACAGGUGGAUGAUUAUAUCGAUUAUCGAGGACGUUGGGCCACCAUUUAUGGUUGGGGCCAAACUGAAACAGGCAAUAGUCCACUUAGAUUGAGAUAUGCAAAUGUUGUUCUAUGGGAACGUGAACAAUGUGACUACAACAAGGUUUGCCUCAAUCCAGAAAUUACAAAUACGAAUGCAUGCUUUGGAGACAGUGGUGGCCCAAUGAUCAUGGAAGAAGGUGGGCAAACAAGACAAAUUGGUGUAGCACAUGCUGUUUACACUCUUGGAGGUGGUGUUUGUAAUGGGAACAAAGCAUUCUAUGUUAGUACAUCGUACUAUGGCGACUUUAUUCGAGAUCACAUAUAUCAAUGAUUAUUAUUUAAUCGAAAAUUGGAUCGUUUAAUAAAACAUGUUUAGCAAAUU